CACACAUGCGUCGACACUCGUACUCCUUCACGGACAUGCUUAACCUCUCUCUCCAUCUCUGCGUGCUCUGCAGCUGCAGCAGACCAUUGCGCCCACAUUGCACAGGAGGUUAUUUCAGCCACUUAAGUCAUUAGUCAUCAUUGGUGUUUGGGACAAGCUCAUGAAAAGGAUGGCAAGCGUGUGGACUGUGCGCGUGUGAACGUAAACGCGCGAGGCUUCGGAGGCUGCUGCGAAUCUUCAUCCGGCUGUCUGAGGAAUCCGUGGACUAGGAGAGGGCAAGAAGCAGAGGACAUAGAUUUGGAGAUAGAUUUGUCACAGCACGUAAACAUCAUCAUCGUCUGAUCAGACAUGGUCACCGCAUAGGAAUCUGGCGCCACGGCAACGAGGUACCUCAGACUCGGAGGUUGAGAGCUGAGACAAGGGAGGUUGAGACAAACACGCAGAGGCAUGGCAGUAGAGGAGAAGCCAGGUGUGAAGAGCAGCAGCUCCAUUGUCCCCUGUUUCCUGUUUGUAGAGCUGGUGAUCAUGGCUGGGACAGUUCUCCUGGCUUACUACUUCGAGUACACAGACACCUUCCCCGUGCACAUCCAAGGGUUCUUCUGCUAUGACAAAACCUUCUCCAAGCCUUACCCUGGACCAGACAACACCAGCAAGAUCCCCCCUGUCCUCAUCUACUCGCUUGUCUCAACCAUACCCACCCUCACGAUUCUUGUUGGAGAAUUAUGUGCAUUCUUCACCAAGGCAGAGGGAACCCAGGAGAAGACCAUCGUCACUGCAGACUGCUGCUACUUCAACCCCCUACUGAGACGCAUCAUCCGCUUCUUAGGUGUCUAUGCCUUUGGUCUAUUUACUACAACCAUCUUCGCCAACGCCGGGCAGGUGGUGACAGGAAACCAGACUCCUCACUUCCUCUCAGCAUGCCGACCAAACUACACAGCCCUGGGCUGCCAAUCCAGCACGCAGUACAUUACAGAGCGCCGGGCCUGCACCGGCCACCCUCUCAUUGUCAUGUCUGCACGUAAAUCCUUCCCAUCCAAGGACGCAGCGCUCGGUGUCUACUCCGCAGUGUACACAGUGAUGUAUGUGACGCUGGUGUUCAAGACCAAAGGUACACGUCUGACAAAGCCCACCGUCAGCUUCACCUUGCUGUGUCUGGCAAUGAUCGUAGGCGUUGUCAGGGUGGCUGAAUAUCGCAACCACUGGGCCGACAUCCUUGCGGGAUUCUUCACUGGGGGCGCUAUCGCUGUGUUUCUAGUGACUUGUGUGAUUAACAGCUUCCAGCAGACACAGCCCAGCCCUUCGGCACAACAACCCCAACGCCCUCAGUCAACGCUGGGUAUGCCCAUGGUGACGCUGCCCUGUGUAGAGAGCCCACUAGAAAAGUUAAGUGGCCCUCAGCAUCCAGCACUUUGCUCGUCACCCCCACUCUACAACACCUACGCUCAACCAUUCUAACCAACGUUAAGUCUUUUCAGCUCUCAUCUCACUACCCUCUUCCUUUGUUCUCAUAUUUCUCUUUUGUACAUGUAAAGUAGCACAAGCCACAAAGACGUCCUCUCUCACCCCUACAUCCCUGUGCAUCGCUCUUGAUUAUCCUUCUCUUCGCUUUCCUCUCUCUUCCGCCUCCCCCAUCCUCUCCUCUUUCUCACUCCUCUCUUUCCCCUGCAGACUCCGCGGGGAUCUCCGUUCACCGAGAUCACAUGACCAUCAGCCCUAUCGGUUCCCCGCCAAACCCGAUGUCCUCAUACUGUCUCGCUCCAUUUCCAGCGAAGUUUCGACCAGGCCGAACAGCACUCUCCUCGUUGUGCCGCACAUCCGACCGGGCGGUACGCAACACUUUGCCGCUCCUAUUCCACGCAGGUCUAGACUGCUGAUGCACAAUUGUAAAGUACAAACACACACACACACACACCCUUCCUGUGGCCCCCGCCCACAAACCCUCCAACUCCCAGGGAACCGAUAGGCAAGACUUUUUCAAAGACUAUCUCUUUGCUGGAAUCUCAGUGAAGGGCCAGAACAUUCACUUUUCUUUUUCAAUAAUCUUUUUUGGCGUCUUUCUACUUUUUGAUAUAAAACCAUGUGAAGCUAACUUGUUUUAACUGGUGUGCUUUGUUCGGUAAGACACAUCAGACUGUGACCACAAAGAAUGUCCCUGUUUCCUCCCUUCCCACUCUACAAAAAUGUGUGUAUUACAGUGAACCCCCGUUUAUCGCGAGGAUACGUUCCAGACCCACCCACCUUUACUUCUUCCAAAUGAUUUUAACACAUGUAAAUUUAUUGACAAAUACUUAAACCUAGUGAAAAACACUUUUGAAAAUAUUCUUUUGCGCCUGUUCUCAGUCUCGCUCUCACAGUUCUCCAAUAAGAGGUAUGGAGUUCUUGCUUCAAAGUGUUUAUUUGUCACUCUCAGCUGAGUUUACUGUAAAACCAAAACGUAAAACAAGAGAAUUAAAGAUUUUAUAUUUAAACACCAAAGAGUCCACAUAAACUGCUAUUUAAUCUACAAAGGUCCGUUAUCUUUUUCCUAGCGUAGAAUGCGAAAUGCCAAAAGCGGGCUAGCGGAACUUAGCACCGAUGUUACUUAUAAACCUUCAAACAACUGCUACUUAAACACACGCGGAGAAGCAACACGUACAAACAGCAUAAGGCAAUCCUCAGAUGCGUUUAGUCUCUCUGCUGUGUGGGAACAGCUAUUACUGGAGCACCUCGGCCUGUUCUUCUUGCUUGUAAUUACGAUGCAUCUUCUCCAGCAGACCUCGGUGCUGCCCGGCAUCUUGCAGCACGACGCGUUUGGCAGGCGUGCAACUCUAAAUAUGGACUUGUCUCUUUAGUAAAAACACAUCAAAACGAUCGCUUCAAAAUCUGCAAUAUAGCAAAGGCGCAAACUAUGAACCGUGAUAUAGCGGGGGUUCACUGUAUGAAAAAAGAAGUGCACGUUGGAAAUAAAAUGUGAAUCAAGGUUGGAUUGAUUUGGUCUGCCAUCAUGAAGUUGCUCCAUUGGACCAAAGAAACCACACUGAAGGAAAUGUGUGCUGCUGGUUUACCCAUAAAAAAAAAAAAAUCAUUUUUGCAAAAGUAGUGAGCGAACACAGAUGUGAUUUUUUUUCUUCUCUGCAUUCCCUCGCUUUAUCUUUUCACUCCCAUGUUCUAUCUCACUACUUUCAUGCGUGCAGCGCCUCAAAGCCAUGCGUGAUACACGGACAUUCUGUAGUCGGAGUCCCUAUGCUCUAGUCAGCACUGCUUGAGGUUUACUCAGAUCAAAUGAUCCAUUUAUGGUCCCUCAGCAGACACAGUAGAUAAAAGUAAACAGGAUUUAAAAGGAAACAUCUUCACAUGGCAAUAGGCGUCGUUUCUGUCUUAGAUGAACCCAGCUCGCCACAAACUGAAGCAAAGUACUUACAGGUUCAACACGAAAAAUGCCAUACGCUCCACAACUUAGGCACAACAGGCACCCAAAGAAAUAAAACAAAUAGAAUUAAAAAAACAUCACAAUCAGGAGCAAAAUGCCCAAAUAGGCAAGGAGCUUUUUUUAUCUUGACAUAUUUUCCUUGUAUUUUAGUGCGGGACACUGCUGACCUCGCUUGAGCAUUCAUUUCUGAGCAUAUUAGUAGUUCACGUGAAACUACUACAUGUGAUUUGGAGCUUACCAACAAAUGGGCCAAAUUGAAGCAUUUAGCUUCCUUUGUGAUCAAAGUCUACAAAGAUCCGAUUUUCAAGUGUCUCUGAAAGGUUAUCCUGCGCCCUUAUUCUAUGGAGUGGGGUGUGUUUAAGAGUUAUUUUUCAGGGCUGACAAUUGUAACUGUUAAACCUGCUCUAUAGUUGUGCAAAUGCCUUUGUGUGGAUUGUGGCAUGAAACAGAAAUGGCCAUUUUGGAAGUAACACAUAGCUCUUACUGUUGCCGGACACAAAAAGAGAAGCAACUGUUUUUGUUGAGUGUUUGUUAUGUGUCUCUUAAGUCAUUCACCAAAAUGAAAAUGACACGCGUUUCAAACUGCAACAUUGUUACCAGACAAGCUAACAACUAACUUAGCCUCUUCUUCUUCUUCUUCUUCUUCUUCUUCUUCACUGUGUUUUCCAGCAGUAUUGAUGCCCUGUGGCAUUGCAUAUCCUCUGACAGGUCAGUUUCGGUACUAUGAUAGUCAUUGUGUUUGGCAGAGGAGAAUGUGGAGAUAUCAUUGGGCGUGUCGUGUACUAUGUAAGUCAUCUCGAGUACACCACACACUGUAAGAGCAGUAAAAACACAGAGGGCCAGCAUCUGCCAUCGUAUCCUGUGCAAGGCUCGCUGCGCGUUUCCCAAUUUGACAGGCCGCUUCGCGCCAAGCUGGGGGUUCUGGCGCAGCGAGGGUGUGUUGUUAGAGAUCUGCCCGGCAGAGUGACAAUGUGCUGGCAGAGAGUUGAUCUAAACUUACGCCUGCUCAGACCCUGUCCAACUGCCAGCGCAGCUGGUGUAGCGCGAUUUGGGGAAUUUGAUCGAGGCACACGCAGGCAGAGUGUGAAGUCGGCUGUGAUCGCUCCCAUAGCAGCGCAGGCCUCCCUCUUCUAGAUGCACCGGGAUGCGCUGGUCCACAAAAUUACCAACACUGUUCUCGCCCACCGCGCCGGAUUUGCACCGGUCGUGAAAAUAGAGACCGUAUCGUGAUUUCUGUUUUCCUCCUCCUGUGUAGGGUCUCUCACAUUAAAAAAAAAAAAGUUAAGAAGCCACCCAAAGAAUACUUGGAUUCAGUUUGAACAACGUCAAAAAAGACUAGUAUGUAAGCACAAUUUUGAACCAAUCUCCAUCAAUAUUGUCUUGUCUUGGGAUCAUUUCCCUUUGUCAGUGCAGGAGAUGAUGUGCCUUGAGUCUGAUAGCUGAGGUAAAAUAUCAAAUUGAAAUAUCAUUGUCAGCGCAUGACUCGUAGAUUACAUUAUUACCUUCUAUCAAACUAAGCACCCUUUUGGGUUUGAUGAUAUCUUAUAUAGUACAAGUUGGCAGAUGACCUCUGGUUUAAAUCAAAACAUGUCUUUGUAAACUCUUGAAGCAUCACAAUGUUUAACUCAAUUCUUCAAACAUUCAGGAAGUAUUUUUAUUCUAUAAUAAAACAACCAGUUUAUUACCUUUUGAUGAUAUCUGACUGAGCUGAGGUCAAAUUGUAAAAUGUUACUUUUCGGGGGUUUUGUAUUACCCUACUGUACAUUGAUGUCACUUUCCUUUUUCAUGCAUUUAUCCUGAGUCCUGAUCUUUGAUGGCAACAUGGGGGCUACUGACUGUUGUCUGCCACAAUUGUAUAGACGAUUAAUGAAUUCAUUUCUAAUCGAUUUAUUCUUGGACGUACAUGUGACAUGUAGCCGAUGGUUUUGCUGACUUUGAAUUGUACGCUGCCUCGCUUCCAUAUUUUCAUUCAACCUUCCCCUUGCUUCUUUCUCUCCAAAUACUUUCACAGUCCAUAGGCACCACUACUAUAUCAACUUUUUAAUGAUCAUUUGGGUGUGUAAUGUUUCCCUCUGCUGGAGAAUAUACACAUGAACGCAUCUGCGCAUUUACGUUUGUUCAAGUGUACUCGUGGAGUUUAUAUUGUCGACGACUUUAAUUCACUUUUUACAAUGAAAACUGUAUAAUAUUGUACUUUUUUUUCUUAAUUGAGUCAUAUUUUUAGGCAAUGUCGCUUACUGUCUUUCCCGGGGAAAAUCUUGUAUUUAUUGGCUUAAUAUGGAUGAGAUCAUGAGAGAGUCUAACUACCUAAUGGAUACAUGGGCUGGAAAAAUAUGACAAUAAUUAGAUCUCCAAUGAUCUCUAAAAAAACAAAAAUAAAUCCAUAAAAAGUAACACUGUGAAAUUGUGGAGGCUCAGACAUGCAGUGCACACCCAUAUCAUUCACAGGGACAAAUUUGCUGCAUGACAUCCCCACAUCAUUGUCGCCAUAAAACAGAAAUGCCUUUAAAGUGCUGUAUAACUUAAUGGUAAACAACAGCACAUAUGACACAUGUUUAUUUUGAGUGUAAUGUGUCUUAAUAUUUUCAGUGCACGAUUCAUAUUUGUGCAUUGUGUGUCAAUGUUCACUGUCUCAGAGUGGCUUUCUAAAUGUGUCAACACGCAAAGAAAAGCCUGCGAGAAAAAAAUAAUAGUAACAGCUGAUCAGAAUACAAUAUAUUUUACCCGGGUUCAACCAUCAGCAGGCCAGUUUACUUACUUUCCUGUAAAGUAAUAUCUGUUUCAGUGAAGAACAAACACACUGCAGUUGACUGACAAGUGAAUAAAAAGAACCAGUCUCCCUCAGAUCUGCAACACAUUUGCUUGCUUCAAGACUUGUUGCAGCAAACUGUCUGUUUUGUAAGAAU